AUGAACACCUCUUUGUCUAUGGGGUUUAUUCUUCUGGGAUUUCAAGAGCUCUAUGGUCUACAGAAUUAUCUCUUCACUUUUUUCCUUUUGAUUUACGUUAUGACCAUAUGUGGAAAUCUUUUGAUCAUCACUCUGGUGGUCAACACCAAAAACCUCCAAACUCCCAUGUACUUCUUCCUUACCCUACUGUCUUUAUCAGACCUUAUACUGAGUACAAAUAUUGUGCCCAAAAUGCUUCAUGUGGUGGUCAACGUGAGAACUUAUAUAUCUUUUGUUAGCUGCAUCACUCAGUUCUACUUCUUCUCCUUUUCAGAAUGUUUAGAGUGUCUUCUUCUAACAGUCAUGUCCUACGAUCGCUACUUGGCCAUCUGUAACCCCUUAAACUAUAUUUCCAUUAUGAAUAACAUAUUGUGCAAGAAUCUUAUUGUGACAUGUUGGAUGUUGAGUAUUUCUAUAUCCUUCAUCAUUGCCCUGUCUCUAGGGUUACUUGAGUUUUGUGGCAGUAAUAUUAUUGACCAUUUUUUCUGUGAUUACCCCCCUUUGAUAGAAUUAUCAUGUUCGGACACCUCGUUAGUUCAGUUGGAGGUUACCCUUCUUAGUUUUCCCAUACUUGUUAUUCCUUUUAUUAUUAUCACCUUCUCAUACAUUCAUAUUAUCAAGAUCAUUCUAAGGAUUCCAUCCAAUACCGGGAGGCAGAAAGCCUUCUCUACCUGCAGCUCCCACCUCACUGUUGUGUCUACCUAUUAUGUAACCUUGAUCUCUAUGUAUGGCUUUCCAAUCAAAGGGCAAUCCCUCAAAAUAAGCAAAGUCUUAUCUCUGCUGUACACUGUGGGGACACCAUUAAUGAACCCUGUUAUAUAUAGCUUGAGAAACAAAGAUAUUAAGAAUGCCUUUAGAAAGAAUUAUCAAAUGUUUUGUAGAAUUGUAUCUUAGAAUACAAUGGGCAUGACUUCCUGUAACCAGGGCCCUCUUUAAGAUGGAAAAUGUAUACCAAUAUCAGCUUUACUUUGAAUGGUAUCUUAA